AAAAAACAAAACAUUAUCAUAAUACCUAACAUAUCCUUUUUUUCAGUUUCAUUGUAACAUGUUCUUUCUCCUAACUCUAUAAAUACAUAUUUCAUUUCAUAGACCCACCAACCAAUAUCACACCUUCUCAUUCACCAUUGGAUCUACCUCUCUCUAACGGGAAAUAAUUUGUAUUGAAAAUUUAAGAAGAACCAAUGGCACGUAAGAAGAUCAGAGAGUAUGAUUCUAAGAGGUUGUUGAAGGAGCAUUUUAAGAGAAUAUCUGGACAGGACUUGCCUAUUAAGUCUGCACAAGUUACCGAAUCAACCGAUAUCAAUGAGCUAGUAGAGAAGGAACCAUGGCUUUCAUCUUCCAAAUUGGUUGUGAAACCCGACAUGCUAUUUGGAAAACGUGGUAAAAGUGGUUUGGUUGCCUUGAAUCUGGAUUUGGCUGGAGUUGCAGCUUUUGUAAAAGAACGUCUAGGAAAAGAGGUUGAGAUGGGUGGAUGCAAAGGACCUAUUACGACCUUCAUUGUUGAGCCUUUCAUCCCACAUAAUGAAGAGUUCUACCUUAACAUUGUCUCAGAUAGACUAGGGAACAGUAUAAGCUUUUCUGAAUGUGGAGGAAUUGAUAUUGAAGAGAACUGGGAUAAGGUUAAGACCGUAUUUAUUCCAACAGGGGAAUCUCUUACAGCAGAGAAUAUUUCUCCACUUAUUGCUACCCUCCCCUUAGAGAUCAAGGGAGAACUUGAAGAUUUUCUCAAGGUGAUUUUCAAUAUAUUUCAAGAUCUGGAUUUCACAUUCUUAGAGAUGAAUCCUUUCGCUCUUGUCGAUGGAAAGCCUUAUCCUUUGGAUAUGAGAGGAGAGCUAGAUGACACAGCUACUUUCAAGAACUUCAAGAAAUGGGGAAACAUUGAAUUUCCUUUACCAUUUGGAAGGGUUAUGAGUCCUACCGAAUCUUUCAUUCAUGGAUUAGACGAAAAGACAAGCGCAUCUUUGAAAUUCACGGUGUUAAACCCAGUGGGACGAAUUUGGACUAUGGUAGCUGGAGGAGGUGCGAGUGUAAUCUAUGCUGAUACGGUAGGAGAUCUUGGUUAUGCUCCUGAACUUGGAAAUUAUGCAGAAUACAGCGGUGCACCCAAGGAAGGCGAGGUUUUGCAGUAUGCAAGAGUUGUAAUUGAUUGCGCAACUGCUAAUCCUGAUGGCCAAAAGCGAGCCCUUGUGAUCGGAGGGGGAAUAGCUAACUUCACCGAUGUUGCUGCUACAUUCAGUGGCAUAAUUAGGGCUCUGAAGGAGAAGGAACAAAAGCUAAAAGAAGCAAACAUGCACAUUUAUGUGAGGAGAGGAGGUCCCAACUACCAAAGAGGUCUAGCAAAAAUGAGAGCACUUGGGGAGGAAAUUGGCAUUCCAAUUGAGGUAUAUGGACCUGAAGCAACAAUGACUGGCAUAUGCAAACAGGCAAUCCAGUGCAUCACUGCUUCUGCUUAGUUAUCAAUUCUUAUGUCACUGCUUUGUCUUCAAGUUUAAUCAUGUCUAGUUUGUAGUGACUGUUGAUUCAUAAUUGUAUUUCCAAUCUACCAGAAUUGAGAAAUUUGGUGAGAUAGAGUAUAGAUUGUUAAAAAUUUAAUAAUCUAAUAAGGUGGUUGAGAAUGUUUGUAUCAUGUAGUAGAAUUCUGGUAGUUUAGUCUUAAACUCAAUAAAGUGACACGUGUAAUUCAUUUAUGUUAUGUGAAGCUUCAAUUUCAAGGCUCUCAAAUUUACUCGA